GCCAGAAUACAGAAAAGACGUUACAUAUAAUCCACUGACCUCGGCUCUCUAUAUCUCUCUAUGUAGGCUCUCGGACUCUCUGAGGGGAGAGUUUAUUCAGCCUCCGAGGAGAGAAACUGUGAGUCGUAGAGAGAGAGUGCGUUUUCUCUCUCCCUUUCCCAUCAAUGACCACCUGCCCUGUGAUCUGAUUCACUCUCGUUUUAGUCUUUUUUUAGCGUAUCUUUUCUCUCUCAGUUCUUGCGUAUGGGGAAUCUUUUGCUUGUAGAAACAUUGGAUUUGAUCGUAUAAAGAAAGGCAGGGUUUUUCCAGUGGAAAAUUUUGGGACUCCCUGGUUCAUAAUUAUCUUCUUUUUGCCUUCAAUGGAAGCUUGGUGAGCAUGGAGAAUAAAGUAGAACGCAAAAAAUAUUUGCAGCAAAUAAGUUACUGAAGGCUAUUAGAUUUGACUUCUGGAGGGCCAAAUGUUGGUGCAUGGAGAUUUUGACCUGAACUGUGUGCAAAGGGGUACCCAGUCACUUAAGCAAGUUUUAAAGCAGAAAAUUCUCAACCAGGAGGCUUUAUUUAGGAAUCAGGUCCAUGAACUCCAUCGGUUAUAUGAGAUACAAAAGGCACUGAUGCAGGAUACAGGUUAUACAGAGUUUGAUAGACACUAUUUCUAUAAUGCAAGGGGACGGUCAUCUAUAGUACCUCUUACGCCUCCAAAAAACUAUGAAUCAUUCGAAAAAGAAGCAAGGUUUUCAUCCAUGUCCAAGGUGGGCUCUGCACAAUUUACUGGGGAGGAACUUGUAGAACGGCAGCAUGGUGCAUGUGAGAUGAUUCAAUGGAGGUCUAUUGAUCAACAAAUUCCUGCCAAUGAUUUUAUAAGCUGUGUUGAUAAAAAUCUUCCAAAGAAUUAUAAUUGUUGGGAUAACUCAAGUAAAAUUUUGGAAUUCAAGCAUCCUCAUUUUGAUGGUAAUGGCUUAGAUCCAGAGUCACUGGAGCUCUCCCUGAGACUUGGAGAUGAAAAUAGGAGAAAAUGGAGUGCAAUGAGAACUUUGUUUGAUAAAAAGACUUAUUCUGGCCCUCAAAAUUUCAUUGACUUGGAAGAACCAACUGAGAUGAUAUCAAAUGGUAACAAGAAACAUGCAACUUCUCCUGGCUGCACUGCUCCAACACCGUUUUUGGUGGCCAAACUUGAGUCAAAGUUUUCUGUCGUAUCUGAUCCUACCAUUUCAAAAAGUGUUGCCAAAGAUCUAGCUCCAGAGAUUGGAGAGAUUAGCUCCAUGGUCGAUGACUGCGAAUACUUUCAUGAUCGAAACUCUGUCAAUAAAGCAUUUAAAGGACAUCACAAGGAUAUCCUAUGGGAAGGUCUCUUCAACAAAAAGCAGGAUUUUACUUCGGGGAAAGCAGGUCAUGUGGACCUUUCCAAAGUUCAGUUGGAUCACUUGUCUUGUUACUCAAAUGACCCUGUUGUUGAAUAUGAAUCGUCGGUUGUGGUUCGAGAAAAUGAUGCAGUCAAUCUUGCUUUGAUGGAUUCUAGCAGUGACAUUAUUAGAGAAAAAAUUUGGGAGAGAAAAUCCAAAUCAAUUGAAAAAGUUGAUAGUGAAAUGUGUCUUUCUGGUUCUAAUUCGACUGUGUUAAGGCACUCGAUAGGUCCUUGUGAAAACCUUGACCACCAGUGUGGUGAAGAUAAGAAUGAAGAGGUUGGGUUGAAAUCAGAACUUCAAAAGUGUGCUGUUACUGGACAAGCAGGGUGUGAGAACAGUUAUGUAGAAGCUAAUGAGGCAUUGGGUGGUUCUCAUCAAAACCAAAAUACAUUUCAAGAUGGACAUGGUGACAAAUCUUAUGCUUCCUGCAAGUCUAUCCGCAUUUCUGAUAAUGAUUCGAGCAGUGAGACUAGGAAAUCUGAGGUUUUGGCUGUAAGUUCAAAAUUUUCUGGUUUCAAUCAGUAUUCAGGAACCGACUUAGGCUCUCAAGUUAUAGAAACCACAGCAAGUGACCAUGACAGGAGAUCUUCUAACAGUGGUGACAUGAAACAUAAAAGCUGCGACAACAAAGAUUCUGCCGAAGUUGAUUGUUUGAUCGAAAUAGCAGCCCAAUCACUUCUACAAAUCUCUUUGGACAAUUCGUCUUACCUAGAUCCUCGUAAACAAGCAGGAUCCAAUGAGAUGGAAAAUAACAAGGAGGAGCUGCCUCAGUGUUCUUCUGAUUCUUAUGAGUUAAUGGUUCUGCAGCUAACAGAAAGCACCGUGGAUGACGAUUCUGUAUCCUCAAAGCUAUUUGAAGUAAACGAAAAGGAAACUAGGGAUUUUAGUAUGAAGUUGAGAAGAGGACGAAGAAUGAAAGAUUUCCAGAAGGAGAUAUUGCCUGGUUUGGCUUCUCUUUCCAGGCACGAAAUUCGUGAAGAUAUAAAUAUCAUGGAGGCGGUUCUGAGAUCAAGAGAGUAUCGAAAAAUGAGAGCCAAGACGGCAGAUAAAAGGGACUGGUGCACACCUGUUCGAAGCAAACGAUCGAGACUGAAUUACGCUGGACGAAGAAAUAUUUCAUGAUAGUUCAGUUUGAAGUGAAACAGCAUGCAGAGGCUAUUUCAAUAAUCUGAACUCUGAAGCCAUGACAUGCAAGUCAUAGUGGAUAAACCCUACCUUACACAUAGACCCACGCAAUGAACUUUUAUUGGAUAUAAACAGUUGUUGAUUUGUAUACUGAUAUAGCGGGACUUUUUGAACAUAGGUCACUGAUUUGAGAAUUCUGCAUAUUCUCACUAGUCUAAUCAUCACUGCAGCGUAUUAUAAUCCUACAGCAUUAUAGUUGA